AUGGCGGCGCUGGUGGCACAGUCCUUUCAGAUGUUGGCUGCUUCCAUGAAUGGCGGUUUGCCACGUAUGCCCACGCCCACUUCAGCCGAGUGUCCCUUUUCUCUUGCGCCGCCUGCCGCUUGUAGUGGGUUUGACGCGGUACCGGGCUCUGCAGCCUCCAAUCAGGCCGUGGGCGUCAACUCGAGUGCUUUCCAAUCACCGUUGAACUACCUGUCACAGCUUCCUUUCAUUGGCGGAGACAAGUUUAAGGCUUCUACGAGCACCUCGUCCGCUGUCUCAAGCCACUCAGUCAUGCAGAUGCCUCCUCCUGGUCUCUCUCGCAUGAGUUCCCAGCCACUCGGCGAACGCAAUUUCCAGCGGUUCAAUUAUGAUGGUACUUGCCCAGGGGGCGGCGACGGCGCUGAUGUUUCAUUUCACCCCUCAUCCGCCCAUUUUUCAGCACCAACCCAGUUCACUUUGCCUCCAAAUGUCACGCCCCAGCCGCAGCAGUUUGUCGGCAACGACUGUUUACCCUUCCUGCAGAAUCCUGCGGGCAGUGAUGUUUCGGUUUGUGUUCCGGGCGCUGGUUUCCUGCCGCCUGCUUCCGGCACGCCGAAUUUUUCCAUGGAUCAGGUGGCGGUUAACCAGCUCCAUUUCCCACAACAGCCGUCACUUGGUGGUGCUAGUUCAGUGCCGAUGGCGCCCAUGAAUACACUUUUCCAAGGCACUCCUGGUCCACCAAGGAAGCCCGCGGCCUACGGCACACCCUCUUCACCCUACCCUGGAAACUAUUUUCCCCAACAGUAUCCGCGUCCACCACCUGUGAUGCCGGCCAUUCCUCCUGGGUAUAUUCCGCCUCAUCUACCUCAAAUACUU